UAAUCGAUGCGAUAAACAUUUUAACUCAACUGCAGCAGCAGUGAGUCUUCAUCCGCAACGUCAGCUGUAACAACUUCGAUUGCAAUAACUAGUUAAAUGAUGUUCAAGUGUGAAGACAGUGAGUGAGUGGACGUAAAAAUUAGCGCGUGAGUGACUGUGUGUGAUCCGAUCGUCCCACACAGUUUUGUCAUUGAGCACAUGGCAUUUUUGUUAGUAUCGUUUGGAGUGAUUUAUUUACUGCGCUGUUUUUAGCGAAAAUUUUCUGUACAAUUGUGUAUUUAGAUCCUCCUUUGAUUUAUUGAUCGAUUGUCGGCCAUCCGAAGCCUGUUCGGGUGUUGAUUGCACGCAUGCGCAGUUUGCUUUGAACGAUGAACCUCGGUGUUUUGUAGCGGUUUAUUUCACGCAUGCGCAGCCCGUUUCGCUUACGUAUGAAACAACGCGAUCUCGAGCUAGUUGUAGACAGUGUUGACAUGCUGAUGUAAACAGUACAAAUUCCUGCAUGAGCUCAUGGCUGGGGAGCUGGGUAUUCAGAGAUCAUCAAGGAGAACAAGCUUUUCGAGCAAUACUACCGGGAGCAAAAAAUCGUUCCGGAAGGGGAGUUCGAGCACUUCAUGGAGACGCUGAGGGAGCCCCUCCCUGCCACGUUUAGAAUAACAGGGUACAAAAGCCAUGCUAAGGAAAUUCUACACUGCUUGAAAAAGUACUUCAAGGAGGUUCAAGACAUUGAAAUCGAUGGCCAGAAGAUAGAGGCUCCUCAGGCCCUCAGCUGGUACCCGGACGAGCUGGCGUGGCACACCAACAUGAGCAGGAAAAUCAUUCGCAAGUCCCCACUUCUGGAAAAGUUUCACCAGUUCCUAGUGAGCGAAACAGAAUCUGGUAAUAUAAGUCGACAAGAAGCCGUCAGCAUGAUUCCUCCCCUCCUCCUGAAGAUCGAGCCGCACCAUAAGAUCCUGGACAUGUGUGCUGCUCCCGGAUCGAAGACUGCGCAGCUGAUAGAGAUGCUGCAUUCAGACAUGGACGUGCCUUUCCCAGAGGGUUUCGUCAUCGCCAACGAUGUUGAUAACAAGCGCUGCUACCUGCUGGUGCACCAAGCCAAGAGACUGAACAGCCCCUGCAUCAUGGUGAUCAACCAUGAUGCGUCCAACAUCCCUCGCUUCCAGGUGGACUGCGAUGGGAAGAAGGACAUCUUGUUCUACGAUCGAAUCCUCUGCGACGUUCCCUGCAGUGGAGACGGGACCAUGCGCAAGAACAUAGAUGUGUGGAAAAAGUGGACGACCAGUAACAGUCUGCAGCUUCAUGGGCUGCAGCUGCGCAUUGCCGUCCGAGGAGUGGAGCAGCUGGCCGUCGGGGGCAGGAUGGUGUACUCCACCUGCUCCUUGAACCCUGUCGAGGAUGAGGCUGUCAUCGCUUCCCUGCUGGAGAAGAGCGAAGGUGCUUUAGAGCUGGCUGAUGCCUCUGCUGAUCUUCCAGGGCUCAAGUGGAUGCCUGGAAUCACCUCCUGGAAGGUGAUGACCAGAACCGGUGAAUGGUACUCUGACUGGUCGGAGGUGCCCGUAAGCAGACACACUCAGAUCCGACCCACAAUGUUCCCGCCAACCGACCGAGAGAAACUCAAGGAGAUGAAGCUGGAGAGAUGUAUGCGCAUCCUACCCCACCAUCAGAACACAGGUGGGUUCUUCGUGGCAGUACUGGUGAAGAAGGCAGCCAUGCCGUGGAAUCGACGCUACCCGAAGCUCCGACACAGAGACCUCAAUGCGAUGCCAUCCGAUGAGGCUACGCCCAGCGACCCAGGACCGGGUGCAGAGCCACCGGCCAGCACGCUUGCUGGCGCAGAGGCCCUCGAGGACCUGCCCCAUGCUGAGGAGGACGCAGGAUCAGCAGACUUAGAGAGCGCGUCCGUGGACCCGGAACUGGGGGAGUGCCCCCAGGAGGCCACCAGCGGGAAGGACGGAGUGUGUGGCCCUCCGCCAUCCAAGAAGAUGAAGCUGUUUGGCUUCAAAGAAGACCCCUUCGUGUUCCUGGCUGAGGACGACCCCGUGUUUGCGCCCAUCCAGAACUUCUACAACCUGUCCCCCUCCUUCCCGAAGCCCUGUGUGCUCACUCGGACCCACGAGGGUAAAAAGAGGCACCUGUACAUGGUGUCCAAGGAGCUGCGCAACGUGCUGCUCAACAACAGCGAGCGAAUGAAGGUAAUUAACACUGGGGUGAAGGUGUGGUCCCGCAACAACGAUGGAGAGCAGUUCGGCUGUGCCUUCAGGCUCGCCCAGGAGGGCAUCUACACGCUGUUCCCGUACAUCGGGGCCAGGAUUGUGAAUGUGAGCGUGGAGGACAUCAAAGUGCUGCUGACCCAGGAGAAUCCGUACCUGAACAAGCUGGAGAGCGACGCGUAUGCACAGGCCAAGAAGCUGGAAAUGGGCAGCAUCGUCUUGAGGUACCAACCCGAUCAACAGAAUCCCAGCAUGCCACAGUGUCCCAUCGAGUUAUGCGGCUGGCGGGGAAAGACCUCCAUCAGGGCUUUCGUCCCCCGCAACGAGCGUCUCCACUACUUGCGUAUGGUAGGAGUAGAGGUCUUCCAGUCCAAGCAAGGGAAGGGGCCGGAGCCUGCGGUCGAGGGGGAGCCAGUGGCUGCUGUGCCUGAAGACUCCGGGGAAAUGGAGGUGGAUGGAGGAGAGGAGGAGAAGGUAGCUGAAACAGACACUCCAUCACAUGGAGGUGCAGAUGGAGGAGAUGGAGAAAAGUGCUCACCUUCUGCUGGCCCACACCCUGGGACCCAAGAUGAAGCGGUCCCUUCCUGAGGCUGACUGAACAGGAGGUGGAGUUGGAGAAGGCCCCCAGGGGACAUCAUAUGUGGUGACUAAAUGGUAGGCCAAGUGGCUUCUGCCUUGGGACAGAGAACUCUUUGUACCAGGCGAACCUUAUGUUGCCGAGAGCUCUUGGGACGUUCGGCAUCUCUUAACACCUUAGUGUACUGGCAGCCCUCCGUGCUUAAGGAAUAUUAUUUUUCACACUCCGCUUGUUAACCAUAUACAUCUCAUUGUGAUUGAGAAGGAAAAUUUAACUGUAAAAAGUAGCCACCAUGGUCCAGUUUGAACACACUUUACAUCUUUUAAGAGUUGCAGGUUUCAAAGAAACCGUGUCUCAAAUAUUUUUAUUUUGUUCUGCCAUUUCGCAGUAUAUUUGUAAUCUGAACCUUUUUUAUUUUAAAACUUGAUGCAGAAUUAGUAAAUGCAAUAUAAAAACUGCCUUGGUUGACAUUGCACAUAUUAAAUGUUUUAUUUCCCUUA